CGCCGCCGCCGCCGCCGCGUCCCUUAGAGGCCGGGGAAGGAGGGAGGAUGAGCCGCCGCCGCCGCCGCCGAGCCUCCUGACGCCGCGGAGCCGGGGAUGAGGUAGCGCGUGGGGAGUUGGUGGGGCGGGGGGGGGGGAGGGCGGCGGCGUCGUCUCGGCCCGCGACCCCCUCAGCCGCCGGCGGCCCCGGAGACCAUGAGGUUCCGCAUCUACAAGAGGAAGGUGCUGAUCCUGACGCUGCUGGUGGCCGCCUGCGGCUUCGUCUUCUGGAACAGUAACGGGCGGCAGCGGAAGAAUGAGGCCUUCGCCCCGCCGGUGCCGCAGGACGGCGGCGAGCCCCCCAACGCCUCCCCCGGCCUCCGCCGGCUGGCCAACGAGUCGGCGGCGGCGGCGGCGGCGGCGGCGGCCCCGCCGCGGCCCUCGGCCGACAACCUGACGCUGGUCUACCGCUCGCUGGUCUACCAGCUGAACUUCGACCAGCCCCUGAGGAACGCCGGCGGCGGGGAGCCCGGCCCGUCCGCGCCCCCCGGGGACCUGGUCCUGGUGGUCCAGGUGCACAACCGGCCCGAGUACCUCCGCCUGCUGCUCGACUCCCUCCGCCGGGCCCAGGGCAUCGGCAACGUGCUGCUGAUCUUCAGCCACGACUUCUGGUCCAGGGAGAUCAACCAGCUGGUGGCCGGCGUGGACUUCUGCCCCGUCCUGCAGGUCUUCUUCCCCUUCAGCAUCCAGCUCUACCCCGACGAGUUCCCGGGCCACGACCCCAAGGACUGUCCCCGGGACCUGGAGAAGGAGGAGGCCCUGAAGCUGGGCUGCCUCAACGCCGAGUACCCGGACUCCUUCGGCCACUACCGCGAGGCCAAGUUCUCCCAGACCAAGCACCACUGGUGGUGGAAGCUGCAUUUCGUCUGGGAGAGGGUCAGGGUGCUCCGGGACUACGCCGGCCCCGUCCUCUUCGUGGAGGAGGACCACUACCUGGCCCCCGACUUCUACCCCGUCCUCAAGAAGAUGUGGGAGAAGAAGCGGCGCGAGUGCCCCGACUGCGACGUCCUGUCCCUGGGGGCCUACUCCUCCCUCCGCGGUUUCUCCGGCAAGGGCGACAGGCUGGAGGUGAAAACCUGGAAAUCCACAGAGCACAACAUGGGCCUGGCCCUCACCCGGGACGCCUACCGCGACCUCAUCCGCUGCACGGACGCCUUCUGCACCUACGACGACUAUAACUGGGACUGGACCCUGCAGUACUUGACCGUCUCCUGUCUUCCCAAGUUCUGGAAAGUCCUGGUUCCCGAAGUCCCCCGGAUUUACCACGCCGGAGACUGCGGCAUGCACCACAAGAAGCCCUGUAGACCGUCCGCCCAGAGUGCCAAAAUCGAAUCGCUCUUGAACGGUAACCGACAGCAUCUCUUUCCCGAGACUCUGAGUAUCGGGAAGAGGUACUCCACGGCCGCCGUCUCCCCGCACGUGAAAAACGGAGGCUGGGGCGAUAUCAGGGACCACGAACUCUGUAAGAGUUACCGCCGACUGCAGUGAAGAGCAUCGCGCCGCCGACGGCGCGCCGCGGCCUUUUUCUUGGGCGUCUCGCGGUCCCCGGGGCGGACGGCUGUAGCCAAGGGUUUAGGGGCUGGUUUCUGCUUUAAUACGAAUAAACGUUCUCGUAAAAGGUG